ACGACUUAGUGCCAGAAAGCAACAAAGGGAGGACAGUGUUGUAUCUGAGUAUUUAUUCAGCGGUUUGGAAGUUGCUCCAUAAUUUUAAAAGAUGGUGAACGUGCUGAAAGGAGUUCUUGUGGAAUGUGACCCUGCCAUGAAGCAGUUCCUCCUGUAUCUGGAUGAGACGUCAGCACUGGGGAAGAAGUUUAUUAUUCAGGACUUGGACGACACACACGUUUUUAUUUUGGCUGAAGUUGUGCAGAUACUCCAGGAGAAAGUGGGGGAGCUCAUGGACCAGAACUCUUUCCCCAUCACCCAGAAAUGAGCUCUGACAUCUUGACUUUUCUCUGCUGUCUUUGUCCGUGGACAUGACUGAGACUGAGUGGCACUGGAUUGUCAGCAUAUUUUCUGUGAUAAACAUCUGAGACAAAACCAAUCAAGAAGCAGGCGAAGAUUUUUCUUUGUGUAGUUUAUUGUGUCCAUCCAUUUGUUCUCAGGUUCAGUCGUUUACAAGUCCAUGCAGAACGUUCCCAUUUUUGACUAUUGCAUAUUACAAACUUGUGCUACGGAUGACUGUGCAAUGCUUUUAUUUUAAUUUGAAUGACUUUGAUCUAAAAUGACUGCAGGAAGAAAUCUGAUAAAAUCAUAAUUUAUUUCAAUUGCUGUGAGAAUAUAAAUCACAUUGAACAGCAGUUCUCUCCAAUAUGAUCAUUGCUUUAAUUUGUGUUUUUCCUUUGAUUUAUUGCACAAAGAGAGGAAAUAAAUCUCACUUUGAGAGGAAAUGUUAUAAUACUCAA